UAUUUACUUAUUGUGUGGUCAUGGAAAGUCUCGAUAGUGCUCGAUAAGACCAGCAGUCAGUUAUAACUUAUUAAAAAUGUUAUUUUGGAGUGUAUUUGGACGUUUCAUUAUCGCUUCGAUAACAAAAACAAACCGGCAUGCCGUUGGAGAUUAUUUCGUCAGGCAAAUUUUGUCCAAUGGAAAAAAAAGAAAUUUAAAUUAACGUAGAAACAGGCAUCGAAUGAAUCUUUCACAAUUGUCAUGACAGAAGUUGCUUCAAAAAUUAUUUAAAUAAGUAUAAACAUCAGAUGAGACUAUUAAGAAUACUUUCAUACAUUCAACUUGUUCAAAUAUGAUGCAUUUGAAAUUAAUGUCAAUGUACAAAUGCAAUUGCAAGGUAGAAAGACUGGUUUGCUUAUUUUUAUUGCUGUUGCUAUUUGCAAUGGAAUUCGAUAGGAACUUGCUAGUAUGGAGAGACAUCAAUGCCUUCUUACUUCUUCUAAAUGCUUGAAAAAACUUUCAAAUUUAUUUAGAAAUUCUAUUUAAUUAAUUAUUUCUUUCUCUCUUUUCAUCAGAUUAUGCUCACAAAUCUUUUCUACUUAUCAUGACAUUUCAUAAGGUUUAAAAAUAUUUUAAAAUCCAUAAAUUAGCAUAACUACGUAAAUAAAAGAAACUCCCGAAAUAAAUUUCUUUAAUGAAGUUGGAAUCUUUGAACUUACACAUAAAUAUUAAAAAAAAGGCGAACGAAUGGAUAUUUGAUGUAAAAGAUUGAGUGUUGUGUCGAUUAAUGCUACAAAAUACUUUAUGGAAAACUUUGAAUACAAAUGAAGCACACAAACGAAUUUUAUAGGGAAUUUCGCGCAAUACGUCACGUUUAGAGGUCACUGCGUGGUCAUUAGUUUGUCAGCUUUAACACUUGGCUUAGUGCAAACAUUAUUAACUUGUUUGCUUUUAUCAAUAUUCCAUAUAACGAGUGACUUGAAAGACAUUCCUUGUUGAAAUUAGACGAGAGUUUCAGAUAUUUGAGACAAUUUGUUCGAUCUAAUGUUUCUUUGUUAAAUAAACUACAAGCUUGAAGCUUCAUUAAAUCACUUUCACUCACUUAUCUUUACAACUGUCGUUUCUUAAGAGAGACUAAAUCUUGAUAAAAAAUAAAUUGUUUCACGUAUUGCAAACUAAAUUACUGCACAUGGCCUACAAUAUCUUGAGCAAAACACGUUGUGCGGAAAAAACAAAAUAAUUUUUCUAUUAGAAAUCACACAUGCAGAUUGCAGCCGUCAAAACCAUAACAAAAAAGUGAAUUCAAAGCUUUUUUAGUCAUCAAAUUGAUAUAAUUUGAUAUAGUUUUAAAUUGAUAGCACUAGCAGUAUAACAUUCUACCGAGUAAACACUAAACAA